AUGGAGAUACAUCUCGAUUGUCCCAACAGAGGCUAUCUUCCGGGCGCCCUCGUUCGAGGAGAGGUUGAAGUGGACCAGGGCACCGACGGAGAGCAGGGAACUCUCAGUAUUGUUUUCUCGGGGCGAUCGAUGAUUGAGCUGAAAUCAUGGAGUGUCGGGCCAGGGGACUACAGUAGAAACACCCAAUUCCUCAUGAUAUCACGGAUAACACUCUAUGAAGGGGUUUCAUGCUACACCGAUAUGCCAGCUGGAGGAUAUCCAUUUCUAUUUACUUUUUCUUCCAAGACGCAGAAUGCCCUGGGACAGUCAAUUUGGCCAGAGUCGGCAAAAUAUGGAAGCCCUAAGAGCUGGGGUCGUCAUGCUGCUUUGGAAUCACUUCCACCGUCACUCUCAUUUACUGGUGGCUCAAUCCUGUCUGCUACCAUAGAAUAUCGCCUGGAUGUCAAAUGGGUUUCGGGAACGCGACAGGAGAGGAGAUCAUGUGUUCUACCUUUCGACACAUACCGGUCUGAACCUUCACCUCAUAUCACUUCUGUCACUACUACAGACAGUUUCUCCUUUCGGAAUACACCUCUGCCAUACGGAGAAGAUAACAGCUGCCCCUUGACGGUCAGUGAUAGAUUUCACUUGGCAUUGAGGUCCGAGGGCACUGGUACAAAAGUUAAAUUCAAUAUUAAAACAACCAUUGGAACAACUGUUGUCCAAGGCGAAGUUCCUUCUGUGGAAUUGUGUCUAUACCAUUUGAAUCAGAAAGCAAAGCUCGAAGACAUACCAGUGGUCCGACUACAAGUUUUUACUGUCCACUUGGAAAGAAUCACGGCGGCUCGGACUCCUCGUCGCGCAGCUUCACAUACAAAUACAGUCCAUUUCAGUUUUCAGUACGAAAUCUCUGGACUUGGUUCUAGCAGAAAAGAACCAGUGUGGAUAUCAGUGAUGCUCUGGGCUUGGAAACCGAGGAUAUUUCCUACGACCUUUACACAUUCAAUUUUCGUCGAACACUUAAAAUGA